GGCCGUGUGUGGCGCCUGCGCACUUCCUUUCCCUUGCGGAUUCCCGACGAGGUGUUUGCAGUAAGGGGUUCGCCCUACGCCACGCGGCCGUCGCUAUGGUGAAGCUGAGCAAGGAGGCCAAGCAGAGACUGCAGCAGCUCUUCAAGGGGGGCCAGUUUGCCAUCCGCUGGGGCUUUAUCCCUCUUGUGAUUUACCUGGGAUUUAAGAGGGGUGCAGAUCCUGGAAUGCCUGAACCAACUGUUUUGAGCCUACUUUGGGGAUAAAGGAUUAUUUGGUCUUCUGGAUUUGGAGGCAAUCAGCGGACAGCAUGGAAGAUGUGUGCUCUGGCUCGGAUAAGAGAUGGGACAUCGUUCAGUCACUAGUUGGAUGGCACAAGGCUCUUCACAGAUGCAUCUGUAGCAGAGUGGAACUUGUACUAACUUAUGAUAGAAUGUAUCAGAAUAAAUGUUUUUAACAAUGUUA